AAUCUCCGACAAGCGUACGAAGAGAAUCAACUGGACCCAGGAAACCGCCUCUCGAUCUUCAUGGACAUUGCCCUAGCUCUGGACUACCUGCACCAGCGCUACGAUCCCAUCAUCCACCGUGAUGUGAGUGCUCCCAACGUCCUCCUCCAGCGAAUGCCCAACCACCAGUGGAAGGGGAAGGUCUCUGACCUUGGCUCAGCCAACUUCCUGCAGCAUGCUCAUACGAUGGGAGAGGGGGCCAUGAUCUACUCCCCUCCUGAAGUCAUCCCUCAACCGCUUGUACGACCUCCUCCACAAACUGUCAAGAUUGACGUCUACAGCUACGGCAUUGUGUUGGCUGAAGUGACUGCCAGUCGAUUUCCGAGUCAAGAUAAUUUCCCUGAGAUAUUUGAAAGAAUCAAGAGAGAGCGUCCUGCAGUGUACGAGCUGAUAGUCGGCUGUAUUGAGAGAGAGCCCAGCCAUCGACCCAGCAUGGCACAGGUGAUGGUGGAACUGAACAAAAUAGCACCCUUUUAACUAUGAACAAUGUGAACACUUAUAAUUAUCUAGUACCGUCUUCUUAAUUAAUUAAUUAUAAAUUACUUCAUGAAUUUUAUUUUUAGCUUUGGCUUUUGUAGUGUGUGUUUGCACUCUCCUAUUAUGAUGAUACUAUUGUCAGACUUUA